GAGAAAGCUGCGUUAAAAUGACGCUUAGAAGAGGAUUCACUCAAAUUUGAAAACCCUUGAAAUAUAAACCCUCGUUCUCUUUCUUUUUCACUCUUCACUUUCUCUCAUCAACUCAACGCGACGAAACCAUGGCUUUGCCAAAUCAGCAAACCGUUGAUUACCCGAGCUUCAAGCUUGUCAUCGUCGGCGAUGGUGGAACAGGAAAGACAACAUUCGUCAAGAGGCAUCUUACUGGAGAGUUUGAGAAGAAAUAUGAACCAACCAUUGGUGUGGAAGUGCAUCCAUUGGAUUUCUUCACAAACUGUGGAAAGAUUAGGUUCUACUGUUGGGAUACUGCUGGACAAGAGAAGUUUGGUGGCCUCAGAGAUGGAUAUUACAUCCACGGCCAAUGUGCUAUUAUAAUGUUUGAUGUUACUGCUCGACUGACAUACAAAAAUGUUCCUACUUGGCACCGUGAUCUUUGUCGGGUCUGUGAAAACAUCCCAAUUGUUCUCUGUGGUAACAAGGUUGAUGUAAAGAACAGGCAAGUGAAGGCAAAGCAGGUUACUUUCCACAGGAAGAAGAAUUUGCAGUACUACGAGAUAUCAGCUAAGAGCAACUAUAACUUUGAGAAGCCUUUCCUGUACCUUGCCAGGAAACUUGCAGGCGAUCCCAAUCUGCACUUUGUUGAAUCUCCUGCAUUGGCUCCACCAGAAGUCCAAAUUGAUUUAGCGGCACAACAACUACAUGAGAAUGAGCUUGAACAAGCUGCUAAUCAGCCACUUCCUGAUGACGAUGAUGAUGCAUUUGAGUAGAACUUGUGUGUUUGGCGACCAUCUAGGGUGUUUGCUUAUUGCGUGUUUUUCAGCAGUUGUAUUUCAUAUUUUUGGAUUUUUGGAUGUGAAUUUGAGGAUCUGAGUUCAACCAGUAUGAAAUGUUUUACUUGAAUUGAAAUUCUUAUAUAUCCUGAAUUUGAGUA